AUGGAGCUUUUCCUUGAGAAACGAUAUGAAAUCGUUUCUUUGACCAAAGUGAAAUUUUGGGAAAUAGCGCUAAGCGGAAAGUCCAUAGCCGCUUAUCGGGUUGAAACAGGGACUCGAGUACCGCAGAAAGAUAGAAACACGGGCAAAGCAAGAAAUUGUGACGAUGGCAAAGAAGAUGCACAGACAAUCGUUCAGAUACUUAUGAUUUUACUGUACAGUUCAUGCAAAAAGUAA